AUGAAGGGUUCCGAGGAGAAGCGUCGCAACUUUGUUGAGACCGUCGAGCUCCAGAUCGGUCUCAAGAACUACGACCCCCAGCGUGACAAGCGUUUCAGCGGCACUGUUAAGCUGCCCAACAUCCCGCGCCCCCGUAUGUCGCUGUGCAUUCUCGCUGAUGCCGCCGACGUCGACCGCGCGAAGCUCAUCUCGCUCGACUACAUGACCGUCGAGGACUUGAAGAAGCUCAACAAGAACAAGAAGCUUGUCAAGAAGCUCGCCAAGAAGUACGAUGCUUUCCUGGCUUCGGAGGCUCUCAUCAAGCAGAUUCCUCGUCUCCUGGGUCCCGGUCUCUCGAAGGCCGGCAAGUUCCCUGCCCCCGUCUCGCACGCUGACGAUCUGGAGAAGAAGGUGAACGACGUCAAGUCGACCAUCAAGUUCCAGCUCAAGAAGGUGCUGUGUCUCGGUGUGGCCGUCGGCCACGUUGAGAUGGGCGAGGACCAGCUCGUUGCCAACAUCAUGCUGUCGGUCAACUUCCUCAUCUCGCUGCUGAAGAAGAACUGGCAGAACGUCAAGUCGCUGCACAUCAAGUCGACUAUGGGCAAGCCCCAGCGUCUGUUCUAA